AUGGCGCUCCUUCUCGAGCAGCGAGGAGACGAGAUCACAAUCACAGAGGAAGUGGUGAAGGCUGCCGCAGGCAAUGAAGGGAAUGGCCAACAAAUAGUGCAACUUCUCUUUGAUCAGCGUAGAGAAGAGGCUGCCGCCUCAGUCACGGGUAUGACGCUGCUCACAGCUGCAACAUGUGGCCAGGAUGGGGUUCUGGACCUUAUCUCCCGACAGGAUGGUCUCAUCUCAGCCAACGACGAACACCGUCGCGUUGCAAAUUUCUAUAAUGCGGCAAAGGCUGGAAACGUUUGUUGGGUUGAACAGCUUAUACAGGAGGGCGUGAAACCCGAUUCAAAGAAUCCCAAGGGCUUAACGCCUUUAUGGAUCGCAGCAAGGGAGGGACACGAUGCGGUCGUUCGAAUUCUAGCGCAAAGGCUAGACGUGGACGUCAACUCAUUAUCGAUUGCCGGGAGAUCACCGUUGUUUUGGCCAUCAAAUUAUGGUUAUGAGAAGGUUGUAGCUAUUCUGCUGGAGGCCAAAGCGGACCCGGGCCUUGUGGACGAAAACGGAGACACAGCCGUCAGCGUGGCACGAAAUAAUGGACAUAAGAGUAUUGCCAAGGCGUUUGAGAAAUUCCAGCAUCUUACAAAAGAUGAGAACAGUUAG